CUGUGUGGGCAGCCUUCCUGCUCCUCCUGCUGCCACCCACAGCCACACUCAGUCAUGGUCUUCCUUCCUAACUCACCCAACUCUCCAAUCACAUUACUCAGCAUACUUUCAUACCCAAAUACCUCUCGAUAAUUAAACCCCUUUUCUCUCUCUCCUAUAUACAAUUUUUUGCUUCUCUUUCUCACUCGGUAUUAGUUGCCCUACCUAGCUCUGCACCUACAUUUUCCACUCCUGCUUUCUUUUUCUUUCUGCGAUGGAUAACUAGAUGUGAUAAAAAGUGAUAAAUUUUGAUCUUUUAUGUGAGAAAUCGAAAAAUGAGAGUGAAAGAAUUGCACCCACUUUGCUGUAUCUCGCUCGAGAGUCCCUGCGGUAGCCUCGGCGAUCAAUCGGCGGAGGUCGCCGCCUCCUCGCUGUCCAGGGCGAGGAGCUUGCCGGCCAGUCUGGCUUCGGUUCCUGGCGGAUCUGACGGCAAUGCAGGACGAUCCGAGGCCACGGUCGCCGGAGUACUACACAAGUGGACCAAUUAUGGUAAAGGAUGGAGAUCCAGGUGGUUCCUGCUGAGGAACGGCGUCGUUUCCUACGCCAAAAUUCGGUACCCUGAGAAUCUCAACCUCCUUUCGCCGACGACUGACGACGUCAGACUGAUUGGAGACAUCUCCACUAAUCGGCUUUCUAGGAUGGACAGUAGGAGACGGAGACACGGGAAAACUGUUGGCAUUGUCCAUCUCAAGAUCUCAUCAUUUCGGGAGAGCAAGUCGGACGACCGGCGGUUUUACAUUUUUACUGCCACAAAGACCCUUCAUCUGAAAACUGAUUCGAAGGCGGAUCGGGUGGCUUGGAUACAAGCUUUGGUCUCAACCCGGAGCCUAUUUCCACUUCGACCGCUCACUGACAAUCUCUCCCUUAUACCAAAGGAUUUGUCUAUAUCAACAGAAAGGCUCAGAAAACGCCUGCUUGAACAGGGAAUAAACGACAACCUGGUAAAGGAUUGCGAGCAGAUCGUGCUUUCAGAAUUCUCUGAAAUUCAAGGACAGCUUGAACUUCUUUGCGAAGAACGAUCCAAUUUGCUUGACACUUUGAGGCAGUUAGAGGCAGCUAAUAUCGAACCUGAAGCCUCUGGAAUUCAUGAUAAUGAUUACCAACUGACAAAACAUGAGUUUUCUGGUCUUGGGCGUGGAAAAUACAGUGAAUGCAGCACGACUGAAUCUUCUGAUGAUAUUGAGAAACAAGAACUUGAGGAAGUGUCAGAUGGAGAUGAAAUGUCCUUUCAUGACACAAAAGAGUACUUUAUUGAACCCGCUGAUGGUUGUGGGCCUACAAAAGUAGUUUUGAAUCAUCUGGACAAUUAUAGAGAGACUGAAGAUUUAAUUAAUGCGGAGAAAAUGCAUACUAAGAAAGAAAGUCCGAAGUCUGGACAUCUGAACUUUGAAAGGCGAACAAAGCUUCCUGAUCCAGUUGAGAAGGAGAAAGGGGUUAGCCUCUGGUCUAUGAUCAAGGACAAUGUCGGAAAAGACCUCACACGCGUUUGUCUCCCUGUCUACUUUAAUGAGCCAAUUUCAUCUCUUCAAAAGUGUUGUGAGGACAUGGAGUACUCUUUUCUUUUGGAUCAAGCAUAUGAGUUCGGAAGAGAGGGGAACAGUCUCCAGAGGAUUCUGAAUGUUGCGGCUUUUGCAGUUUCUGGUUAUGCUUCCUCUGAAGGUCGACACUGUAAACCAUUCAAUCCUUUGUUAGGGGAAACUUAUGAAGCUGUCUAUCCUGAGAAAGGAAUUCGGUUCUUCUCUGAGAAGGUCAGUCACCACCCAACACUAAUUGCCUGCCACUGUGAAGGAAGAGGGUGGAAAUUCUGGGGUGACAGCAACCUCCGCACAAAAUUUUGGGGGCAAUCAAUUCAGCUUGACCCUGUUGGAGUUCUUACCUUAGAGUUUGAUGAUGGCGAAAUUUUCCAGUGGAGCAAGGUCACUACCACUAUAUAUAAUCUUAUCCUUGGUAAGGUGUAUUGUGGUCACCAUGGGACAAUGCACAUACGUGGAAAUCGCCAAUAUUCAUGCAAACUCAAGUUUAAAGAGCAGUCUAUUCUUGACCGAAAUCCUUGCCAGGUACAUGGAUUUGUUGAAGAUGCUAUUGGAAAAAAGGCUGCCAUGCUAUUUGGAAAGUGGAAUGACAGCAUGUAUUAUGUGAAUAACGAUGGGAGUGGUAAGCCAAAGGAUUUCACUCCCUCUUCUGAUGCAUCCUUGCUAUGGAAAAGGAGCAAGCCCCCUCCUAAUCUUACUCGAUACAACUUAACUUCAUUUGCAAUUACAUUGAACGAGCUGACAUCUGGACUGCAGAUUAAGGAGAAGCUCCCACCCACGGAUUCGAGGCUUAGACCAGACCAGCGGCAUCUGGAAAAUGGAGAAUACGAGAAGGCAAAUUUGGACAAGCUGCGUUUGGAGAGGAGGCAAAGAAUUUCAAGGAAAUUACAAGAAAACGGGUGGAAGCCCAGAUGGUUCCAGAGAGAAGGUGAAAAUGGCUCCUUCUGCUAUGGCGGCGGAUAUUGGGAAGCUCGUGAACAAGGAAAAUGGAAUGGAUGCCCAGACAUAUUUGGUGAAUUUAAUGAAGACCUUGUUGAUCUCGUACAAGUGUGAAGUGUCAUGAUCAUAGUUGAGGAUGAACAGAAAUCCGUUACCAUUGUGUUGUUCUCAGAUAGAGCUUAGUAUGAAGUUGGUGAACGCGAUCCUCAGAGGCAUUAAAAAGUACUAAGCUUUCAAGUCUGCUUAAUGGUUAGACCGGAGGUCUCUGAUAUUUCUUUUUUUUUUUUUAGCAUUUUCAUUAUCUGCAGUGGGAUAGUUUGUGCAAUGUAAUCACACGCACAUUCUCUCUCUCUCUCUCUCUCUCUCUCGAUAUACUUGUCAAACCGUACUAGCCACUGGCUAAGCUUUUAUUUCAUAUUCAUUUGUAUCCCCAUCUUUCAUAAAAAUAAAAGAAACAAGGUUGUAUA